AUGGAAAGAUUUGCCGAUUUUUCUAACUUCCUAAACAAAUCUCCAACUCCAUUUCAUUUCACAGAAUAUAGUCGUCAAUUUUUUAAGUCACGUGGCUAUGUAGAAAAAGAUGAACGCGAAGUUUGGACAGAUGUUCCUCCACGUGGAUUUUUCAUACGAGAUGACCGCUGUUUAGUUGCUUGGAAUGAUAAUGGACAUGACAGAUGUUCCAUUAUUGGUACUCAUUGCGAUAGUCCAUGUUUAAUUAUUAAACCAAAUUUCGAAGAGGUUAAAUCUAAUUACAAUAAAGUCAGAUGUGCUACAUAUGGUGGUGGAUUAUGGAACACAUGGAUUGGAAGAAAUCUUAGGCUUGCAGGAAAAGUUGUUGUUUCAACAAACCAAUUCGAAUAUAAAAAUUACUUAUUUGAUUCAGAGAAAGGCAUCGGAAUAAUUCCAUAUGCGGAACAACCCCCAUUAGCUCCAGUUUAUAACGAAGAAAAUGAUCUUGUUGUUACAAUUGGCACAACAAAUUGCACAAAUCUCAAAUCCUAUAUUGCAGAAAAGCUAGGAGUAAAAUCAUCUGAUAUAUCAGAGUACGAUUUAAGAUUUGUCAACGAAAAACCACCAAAUUGCUUUUCAGGAAUCAUCGAAGCACAAAGGAUUGAUAAUCUUUCGAAUACUUACGCUGCAUUAACCGCAUUUGCUGCUACAACUCCUUCUCCAGGAAUCACAAAUGUGAUGAUUGCAUUUGAUAACGAGGAAAUAGGCAGUUCUACGCAAUGUGGUGCCAAAGCAGACAUUAUACAUGAUUUAUUACGCCGUUUAAUACCAUCAAAACCACAAAGAAAGGCUCUUUGCAGAAAUUCAAUUAUUUUGUCAGCAGAUACAGCUCAUGCAACACACCCGAACUAUCCAAAUAUUACAGAUCCAAUUGUUGAAGUCAAAAUGAGCAAAGGAGUUUGUGUUUGCCUUGAUAAUGGAACAUGUGAUUCAAAUAUCCCCAAAAUACUUCCAUUUGUCGAAAAAAUUGCACAUAAAUCAGGUGUAGGCUUGAACAUGGCAUUCCAAUACAAAGGACAAGGCGGAUCUACAAUUGGACCGAUUUCAGAGUCAAGAUCUGGAAUUACAACAAUAGAUAUGGGAGUUCCUUGUCUUGCAAUGCAUUCUAUACGUGAAAUGUGCUCAAUUAAGGACUUGGAUGAGUGUGUCAAGUUCAUAACUACUUUCUAUACAAUGGGAAAAGAUGAAUUUGACAUAUAA